AUGAGCUCUAAUCAAACGGCCGCAGCGUCUCUGGGGAGCGGUGCGUACACCGCUAGCAAGCGCUCUGCUCGAAACGUGUUACCAGCGAGAUCCGCCGCAACGACUUCUACCGUUACUGACGGCCUGACUUUUAAGGGGGGUGGCGCGGCGGCCAGCCAAACGUCGACCACCACCCGACCCUCGUACCCUGAUGGUGCUACCGCGAACGGCACCAGCCACUACCACCACAGCAGCGGGGUCGAGGACAACGUCAACACCGCUAACGGCAGCAGGGAUGAGCCGAAGAGCAAUACUGGCAGCAGCACCUCCGGCAGUGCUGCUGCGACCACCGAGUCUGUCAUUGAGGAACUCAAGGCUCUCGCCAAGUCGAUGCUGGAGGCGACGAACGCGGCACGGCGCCGCACAAGCUCGAUCGAGCAGCGAAACUCAUACGAGGCUCUCAUGCACGCCAUUGAGAACCGCGUGAAUGCCGAUGCAAGCACCACCACUAGUAACGAGGAUAAAGACGCGACCGCUUUCACCGGCGGCUACACAGGAGCACCCACGACGGUGGCCGCCGCGCCCAAGCACGUUGAUCCCAUUUCGCCUAACGGCGUUUCACAAUUGGAGCGACUCUCGGGACAUCUCAUGGAGCAGCUGACCGACAUUCCAGCCGCGCUAUCGCCCGGGAGCGGUGUGAAGCAGCAGUCGCAGCAACUCCCACCGACACAGCUAAAAAAAUUCGGAAAGGAAGAGUUGGCGGCGGGAGCAGUGAAGACGGACGCGACCGUGCGCGGCAAGCAGGAGCCUGCGGUGUCCUCACAGCAGAAGCAACAUCUGCAGCGUCAGCGUGCGGAUGUGAAGCACCACGCCGAGGUGGAGGAAGUCGGCGCGGAGGAGGCGAAUGAAGAGGGUCCAGACGAAGACAACGGUGCGCAGGUGCAGUCUUUGGCAGUGUUGCGCUCGCAACCGCCAAUAAUGCGACGCCGUACUCCCACUACGGCACUCGAGGCAGACGAGGACGAGGAGGAUGAUGACGGUGCUGCUUACGACGGAGUCAAGACCCAGGUGCUCUUCAAACCGGUCAAUCGUGCCGCGUACCGCGAGGUGGUGGCCUCGACCUGGAAACCGGAGGGCUUGACUCGCCGCAUCAGUGCCACCGGUAGUGGCGGUCGGCAGCACCACAAUAGCAACAGAAGCCGCAGUGCAAGUGAGCUCAAGGACAGUCCCCAUCAUCCAAACUCGGGUGACGACGAUGAUGAGGCGAUUAUGACGGUGGCGACUCGCAACAAGGCAGACAGGACGGCUGGGCAGAAGGCGGUGUCUAUGAAGGUGUAUCGUGUCCCCUCGUUCCCGUACGGCGGUGGUGUGACGGAGAAGCAGGCUCGGCUCCUACAGCGACUGUUCGACGAGUGCAUCCACAACGGCGAGCACCUCAGCUCCAACGCCACUGGACCUGUUCUCAUUACGAAGCGUGAUUUCGACUCGUGCAGGUACGAUGAGGUCCCUGUGGCGAGCGCGCAGCGGGACAUGACAUCCUUCCAGCCAAGGUCGCCCUACGAGUUUGUUGUCGAGGUAGAGCGCGACGUUCUCUUCGACGCUGUCAAAUCCCGCGAGGAGCGUCGCCAUCGCUUUCGGCAGCUUGUGCGCGAAAACCGCGCGCCAGCCACGAUGGGUACGUUUAACCUUCGCGUCAUCAUGGACCCAUUCAAAACUGGCUUUGAGGAGGAGAAAAACUUCCCAAUCGUACCCGGAACCGUCAUUGCUGGUCGCUACGAGAUCAUUCAGAUGUUGGGCAAGGCUACCUUCAGUCGUGCGGUGCGCUGCUACGAUCUACAGGACCCGAUCUACGACGAUGAAGAGGACGAUGGGGAGGAAUACGAGAGCGAUGUCGAUGGCGACGAUGAGCACGGUGACUCUGCCUUGCCGACAGAUAAGGCCGAGGAUGCGGCUUGCACAGACAAGACAGGUGCGACUACCUCCUCUUGCAAGGAGUUGGACGCCGCAACCACGACCAACACUAGUAAGCGACAUCGCAAGGCUGACCCCACCGUGACGACCUCACGACUCGAGUGCGAGCGCAAGCGCAAGAUCCUGGGCUACGGCCAAGUUUGUCUGAAGAUUAUCAACAAUACGAAGGACUUCUUUGACCAGUCACUGGAUGAGAUACGGUUGUUGACACUACUGAACCGCCAGAAGGACCCCGAUGAUGCGCAUAUCGUCCGGCUCAUCGACGCCUUCUACUACAAGGAGCAUAUCAUGCUCGUGACGGAGCUGCUACGCGAAACUUUGUACGACUACGGCAAGUACAACCGAGAGGAGGAGGAGGAAUUCUACUUCACCGUUCCUCGCCUGCGCCUGCUGACGCGGCAGAUUGUCGAGGCGCUAACUUACGUGCACUCCCUCAACCUCAUUCACACUGACCUGAAGCCGGAGAACAUCAUGUUUGUCUCCUACAGCCGCUGCAUCGUCAAGGUGAUUGACUUUGGCAGCAGCUGCUUCCUCAGCGACCACCUCAGCUCCUACAUCCAGAGCCGCAGCUACCGGGCUCCAGAGGUGGUGCUGGGCUGCGACUACGACGGCCGAAUUGACGUGUGGUCGCUUGGCGCGAUUUUGGUAGAGAUGGUCACUGGCGACGUGCUGUUCACCUCGGAUACCGUGCCGGAGAUGCUGGCGCGCAUUGUAUACGUCUGCGGCACGCCGUUCCCGCGGCGGAUGCUGUGGGAAGGUCGCCACACAAGUGACUACAUCAACAAGUUCGGGUGCAUCUAUGAGUACGGCGGCUGCUCAGAUGGGCAGCGGGACCACCCCGAGAAGGGUGACACCGACGAUGGGGAGGAGCCGUACUGCCUUUACACGCCACUCCCGACAAUGGCGCCGCACACAUGCGCAUCUCCGAGAAAAUCACGAGCUGCAGCGACACCGCUGCCGCCACGGACGGAGACGGCCCCGUACAGCGUCUUGCGCGAGAAGCUAGCCGCUGCGAACAUGGUGGAUCCGGAGUUCAUUGCGUUUGUGGAGGCGUGCUUGAUGCUUGACCACAAGAAGAGGCCGACGAGUGCGGAGCUGCUAGAGCAUCCCUUCAUCAGGGAUGUAAAGGUGUGA